CCGACGCGCUGACGUGACGGCGUCGCCGUCUCCAAGGAGCGGCCCCGCUCGCGUUUCAAAGUCGCGGGGCGGGACGCGGCCACCCGGGGACACGGUUCCCGCGCACAUCGUGGCCGUCGGCGCCCGGGAGGAGGCGGCGCGCGACCGACGGACGCCUCGAGGGACCCCGGGGGCGGCAUGGCGGCCUUGUCCCGCGAGCAAAAUCAAAAACUAAAUGAUGCUUACAAAAAUUAUCAAGUGGACAGUUUUACCAAGUAUUCAGCAAUACAGAAGGCCGACCUCAAGGGAGACGGAGAUGACCUUCUAGGAAACUCAGUAGUGGACCAGCAAAGCCUUCUAACUCCUGUUCUUGCUGAAUAUGAGAGGAAUCUAGAAGAGCAAAAUGGGCAGCUGAAAUAUUAUCAGAAGCAGAUGGGUGAGAUGAAAGUGCGGCUCCAAACUGUCAUCAAGGAGAACGAAAGGUUGCACAGUGAAUUAAAGGAAGCUGUUGAGAAGCAGCUAGAAGCUCUUCCCUUGGAUACAGAGAUCGAGAAUGACACGCACGCCGAUGAUGAGACCGUGAGGAGCCUUCAGGAGCAGUUGCAACUCGCCAACCAAGAAAAACACCAGGCUGUGGAACUCUGGCAGACUGUGUCUCAGGAGCUGGAAAGACUGCAGAAAAUCUACCAGGAACAUAUGACUGAGGCCCAGAUCCAUGUAUUCGAAAGUCAAAAGCAAAAGAACCAGCUGACCAGUUUUCAGCAGCUGACCAAGCGCCUUCACCUGACUAACGAGAACAUAGAAAUGACCAACCAGCACUACGUGAGAGCAGUGAGCGAGCAGAGUGUGGAGAUCGAGCAGCUCCGAAAGCAGCUGAGGCAGGCCAAGCUGGAGCUGAGAGCUGCGGCGGCCAAAGUGGAGGAGUUGACCACGGCGGCCGGAGACCUUCAAGGGCAGAUGAAGAGAAUGGAGGAGGAUGUGGCAUCUGCCCAAGGGAGAGAGGAAGCGUCGGACCGGCGACUGCAGCAGCUGCAGACCACUCUCCGACAGCUGGAGGCCAGACUCCGGGUGGAGAUCCAAGAAGCCAACCAACUAAAAGCAGAAAAGACACAUUUGGAGAAGCAGACAGCAGACUUGCAAGCAAAGUGCCAGGAGUUAGAAGGCGAGAAGUUCGAGGCCAUCGUGCAGGCCAGGAAUAGCAUGCAGCUCCUGGAGGAAGCCCACCUUCAGAAACACCAGGCUCUGCUUGAAGAGAAGCAAAAGGAAGAGGAGAUGGAGAGAAUGAAAGAAACGCUGUCUCGCGUGGUCCAGGACGCUGCCGUCAGGACCAGAAAGGAAGUGGUAAGCACAAGAAAACAAUAUAACGCGCAGAUCUCUCAGCUGACAGAAGAACUCUCAGCCCUUCAGAUGGAAUGUGGUGAGAAACAAAGCCAAAUCGAGCGGGCCAUUAGGGAGAAGAAAGCCGUGGAAGAAGAGCUGGAAAAGGUCUGCCAGGAAGGCCGAGGGAGCGAGGGCGACCGCCGCCGGCUGGAGGAGAUGCACCAGCGCUGCCUGCUGGCCGAGCGCGCCAGAGACGAGCUGCAGCUGAGGCUGCGGACGGCGGAAAACAGCAGCCGCCAGCGGGAGAUGAAUUCCUCAGAAGAGAUAUCGCGUUGCCAAGAAAUGAUUCAGAAACUUCAAAAUGUACUUGAAUCGGAGAGAGAGAACUGUGGGCUUGUCAGUGAGCAAAGGCUGAAGCUGCAGCAAGAAAAUGAGCAGCUGCAGAAAGAGACAGAGGCUCUGAGGAAGGCCGCUCUCCAGGCCCAGAAGCAAGCCAGAUUAAAGAUCAGCACGAUGGAGCACGAGUUUUCAGUGAGGGAGCACGGGCUGGAGGCUCAGCUGCGUGAGCUGGAGGACAGCGGCCGGAGCUCCACCGUGGAGCUGCGGCACCUCCUGGUCACCCAGCAGAAGGCGGCCAGCAAGUGGAGGGCGGAGACCAAGAAGCUGACGGAGAACGCCGAGACCAGGGUCCGCAGCCUCAAGAGUGAGCUGAGUCGGCAGAAGCUGCAAACGCAGGAGCUGCUCUCCCAGCUGGAGAUGGCGCACAACAAGGCGGCAGAGAAUGAGAAGCUGCUUCAGGAGCACCAAGAAAAGGCCGCCCGCCUGCAGAGGCGCCUGACGCAGGCAGAGCAGAGAGCCGCGGCCGCCGCCCAACAGCUCGGCGCGGCCGCCGUGCAGAGGAGAAGAGCGGCCUCCAUGAUGAACCUGGACAGUGUCUAGCCGCCUCUUCACCGCAGCCCGGCCGCACCCGGCGGGGUGGGCGCUGGAGCCUCCUCGGGCGGGAGCCGGACCCUUGGGAAUAACGCAGCUGGGCCGGGCCCGUCAUCUCCUACCGGCCGGCCGGCACGCAGGAGCCCAGGACUUGGUUGGGGCGCCGAGUCCGAGUCCGAGUCCGCCUGCAGUGAACCCCGAGUGCCCGAAGACCCGGCGAUGACCCGGUGCCUGCCGCAGUGACGGGGCCGCCGGACAGCGGGGCUCCUGUGCCGGCAGGGAAGCGGUGCGGACAGGCCGGGGACGGGUCUGCGGCUGGGCGCUUGGCUCCUGCGGGCGGGCGGGAAGUCCCCGGCCGCCACCUCGGGCUCCGCAGCUGAACUGGUGGCUGAGAGGCCGCUGCUCCUGCUCCUCGUCUCAAAUGGCGCCCAAGUCGGUGGCCCUGAGAGAGAGGCCGCAGUUGAGGCCGGAAGGCUGGCCGCGAUUGAGCCUGGGGCGGGUGGCCCGAGGGGACUCGGCUUCACACCAGCCCAGAGCGCCCACUGGGUUCACCCACCAAGCACAGUGCUGCCGUGACUCGACGCGCCCCGCGGACAUCCAGGACCGCUCUGCGGACAUCCAGGACCGCCCUGCCCCAGCCUCGUCUCUGCUGUCGGACCCGUGGCCUGUACACGGGACGAGGGACAGUGGCCACGGCGACCAUCAUUCCCGCCGUCCCCUUCGAGGCCGGGCCGCGCCUUGCAGGCCACACACGGCUUUGACGUCGAGUCCCAGGACGGAGUUAUGGGCCCGGGCCCAUCGUCACCACGGCCUCCGGUGGACGGGGCUUGACUCCGCGGCUGCCCCGUGGCUGGGCAGGGACGGCCCCUCUCUCAGGUGGCCCCGGCUGUCCCGUCUGUCAGCAUUUUCCUGUGCGUCCUGCAUACGGGCACGUGAGGGCUGGGGUUGGAAAGGCGAAUAAAUACUAAGGGAAGGG